CUGGGCAGCGGCGGCCGUGCCCUGGAUGGCCCUGCGCACCGGGACGGCUUGGUUCGGGCACGUCCUGCGCAGAGUUUCCCGGCUCCAGGGCACCUGGUCCCGGCGCUCCAGCAGCCUCCUGUGCCUCUCCUCCUCCCAGGAGCCCGAGCAGGCCGGCGGGGAGCGGCCGCCGCCGCAGCACAAGCUGCCCCGGAGCGGCGGCGGCGGCGGGCGCCGCCGGCCCCCCCGGCAGCCGCCCCCCUGCUGCGGCUGCUGCGGCCUGUCGGAUCCCCGGGCGGCCAGGGGGGGACAUGGUCCCCUCACUCGCCCCUUGCUGGCGGCCAUGAAGAGGCAGAACGUGCGGACCCUGUCCCUCAUCAUCUGCACGUUCACCUACCUGCUGGUCGGGGCCGCCGUCUUUGAUGCCCUGGAGUCCGACAACGAGAUGCGGGAGGAGGAGAAACUCAAAGCCGAGGAGAUCCGGCUCAAAGGAAAGUACAACAUCACCAGCGAGGACUACCGGCAGCUGGAGUUGGUGAUCAUGCAGUCUGAGCCGCACCGGGCCGGCGUCCAGUGGAAAUUCGCCGGCUCCUUCUACUUUGCCAUCACGGUCAUCACGACCAUUGGUUAUGGACAUGCCGCCCCAGGGACUGAUGCGGGGAAGGCCUUUUGCAUGUUCUACGCAGUCCUGGGGAUCCCACUGACACUCGUCAUGUUCCAGAGCUUGGGCGAGCGCAUGAACACCUUCGUCAAGUACCUCUUGAAACGCAUCAAAAAGUGCUGUGGGAUGAGGAGCACCGAGGUCUCCAUGGAAAACAUGGUCACUGUGGGUUUCUUCUCCUGCAUGGGAACACUCUGCAUUGGAGCAGCAGCCUUUUCCCAGUACGAGGAAUGGAGCUUUUUCCAUGCUUACUAUUACUGCUUUAUAACAUUGACUACAAUAGGGUUUGGAGACUAUGUGGCCCUGCAGACCAAAGGGGCCCUUCAAAAGAAGCCUCUCUAUGUGGCUUUUAGCUUUAUGUACAUUCUAGUAGGGUUGACAGUCAUUGGGGCAUUUCUAAAUCUGGUUGUUCUCAGGUUCUUAACCAUGAACAGCGAGGACGAGAGGCGGGAUGCCGAGGAGCGGGCAUCCCUGGCAGGGAACCGCAACAGCAUGAUUAUCCACAUCCAAGAGGACUCCCAACACGGUCGGCCACGGUACAAGGCCGAAGUAACAGACCUUCAGUCAGUUUGUUCCUGCAUGUGUUACAGGUCCCACGAGUACACCAGCCGGGUGGUGUCCCACCAAAAUUCGUUCAGCUCGAAGCUGAACCCCCAGUACUUUCACUCCAUCUCUUACAAGAUAGAGGAGAUCUCGCCAAGCACAUUAAAAAACAGCCUUUUCCCAUCUCCUGUCAGCUCCAUCUCACCUGGGUUGCACAGCUUUACAGAUAACCACAGGCUGAUGAAAAGGCGAAAGUCCAUUUAAAGUGAUUUGUCUUCUUUUGCUUUCCUUGUUUUCCCCAGUUCUUCGUUGUUUUGUUUUCGUUUUGUUCCUUGAGUGAGACGGAGCGAGGCCAAAGGGAGUAGAGAAAGCCAGUCCUCCUCUGAGACUCAGCUCUUGAGCAUGAAGCAUGGAUUAUUACUGUUCCAGCAAAGUAUGCCUUACAUUACCCCCUCGGUGGAUGUCAGAGGAUUCAAGGUGACGUGAAGUGGGUACCAAAUCCAAAGUUGCACACACAGCUGGGAGCCUUCAUGUGCCACUGGCACUCCUGACCUAAUAAACUAUUUUCCUCACGAGCAGGUUGCUGCGUGCGUGCUUGCGUGCGUGCUGGGUGUGGGUGUGUGUGUGUGCGUGCAAUUCCACAACUAGUGCCAUGUGACAGAAAUUAAAGCAUCAGGUAUUAUUUUUCUUUUUUUCCCUUGAAGCAAUUGUGUUCCAGCCUGCUUUUAACUUUUAGAUUGCUUCCAAAAGGAAUGGGGCAGGAGGGGAGGCAAUUUGUUUUGGUUUUUGCCAAGUCAAGCAUGCGCCAUAAGCAGUCAAUAUACCAGGUGUAUCAUGAUAAAUUUUUUAAUGCUAGAUUUUAGAUUGUAUUAACAUAAAAAGGCAGGAGAAGAUGGAUCAUUUUAGCUUGCCAGUUCAAAAUUAAAAAAAAUAAAAUAAAGCAUGCACUUUGUAAAACUGGUAUGCGUAAUAAAAACACAAGAAAAACUAGCAAUGGAAUUAAUAAUCAAAAGCAAAUAAUCCUGUUGAUUUAACUAUAUUUACUUUCACCAUUUGCAACUGUUCCAACAAUUUGCUGUGCAAGCAGAAUUUUUACGAUAAAUUGGGAGAAUUGUUGAAAGUAAAGAGUGUCUAUUUUGUUAUUUUUUAUUUUAUUUAUAAAAUUUUUAUUAUUAUUAUUAAUUAUUAUUAUUACUACUAUUAUUUUAUUGUGCAGCAAUUACCUGCAUGAAUAGGAAUUAUAUUUUUUGGAAUGCUUGGAUUAGGAUGGGUAUAAAUAGGUGGAUGUAUAUUUUUUUCUUAUAUAACAGUGACAGGGCAUUCCUUGUUUUAAAUAAAAAAAUAAAGAUGAUUGUCUCUAAAUGCUUUUGAUUUGUAAAUAAUGGAAAGCCUUUGUUGGUCUCAGGAAGAAUUCAAGGGACAGUAUCUUGUGUUUGGCUCACUGGGAACUUGUGAGAUUAGAUGUGGUACUGCUUUUUUGCUUGGCGGAAAGGCAAAAUGCAUGUAGCAGUACUGGGCAAAAGCAGUUUUACUCCAGUAUUUAGAGGGUGACAUUGGGAGUGGAUCGCAUUGGCAAGUUUUAGUGAGGGAUGUUGACACCACCUAGUAGAGUUGUUCCUUGGAGAUUGUCCAUCGCUCAGUUGUUGAUCUGGACCAUACACAUUUACAGAACCUAAUUAGAGGCCUAAUCCAGCUCCCAUUGAAGACAAUAGGAAUUUGCAAAGAUUACAUGGGAUUUAGUGCUUUGGGAGAUUUAUCUUUGAUUUGACAGGGCCAGGACUGGGAUUUUUACAAACCUGCACCAUUGUCUCUGAAUUAAUGCUAUCUUUCAAAUUGCCUUCCAUGUUAAUUCGCUGUAAAAAAAAAAAAAAAAAAAAUCUUGUUUUUGGCACUAAUCGCCUCCUGCUGAUUCUGCUGUUUUAUACUUUCAGUGUGAAAGCAAUAAUCCCCCAUAUUCUUUCUUAAGUAGAUGGUGUGUUUCCAUACAAACCUCAGCUCUGAGCUCUGUGUGCUGAUGGAUCUUGAUAUCCUUCAAAGAGGCAUCUGUAAAGACCACUAAUAGGGAGAAAUAAGGAAUGUCCUCCCUUCUCUAUUCUCUUCUCCCUGGCUUUAAAUCAUUAGCUAUAGCAAAUAUGUUUAUGUUCUCCUAUUUUCCAUAUUUGUCUUUCAACAAGUUAAUGAAAAAAAAGUAUCCAUAACUUUGACUUCCCUAUGCAACUUCCUUUGGGAAUUUAAAUCGCUGUGGCAUGAAAACCUCCGUUAAGAUUAGUAAAGAAAAAACCCUAGGAUUUUUAAAAGGAAAAUGGACAUUUUCAGCCUAACAUGUGGGUAUAAGAACCUUCAGCAUAAGAUGCGAGUAUGCUGGCUACAGUGAUUAUGUGCUGCUGCUAUCACAUCCUAAGGCAGAUGUUGAUGGCAAGAGUGUUGAAGCAAGUAUACUUAGAAAAGCAGUUUUGGGAUGUUGUACCCCAUCUCCGUGAUAGCCACCUAGAAGCCAGUGUCUAGGAGGUUGGCGCACAGGGCUCACUGUGUUGUCAAGAUUAACCUUCACAGACUUGGCUGAUAGCAUCCCCAAAGUACAACUAAUUGCAGGUCUCCUCUCCUGCUAGGGAGAUAAGAAAAAGAUGUGUAUUCCUGGAAUAUGCAUGUCCAUAGCAUGUAUAUCUACUGGGUAUAUUAGGCACAGGAGAAAAACAGCAAAAGUUUGUAUUUUUGCAGAACUCAGAAGUAUGAACCUCUGUCUGCCUUGUAAUGGACAAUAUUUGUCACGGAACUUUUAGCAGUCACAAAAAUUUUAAGCAGUUUUGUGGAAAAAAAUACAUUAGAAAAUGUUGGUUAGCUUUUUCCUUUUUUCCCUUAAGAAAAGAGGAAAACACUCUUUCUGUUCCAUGUGAAAAUAAUAUUUAAAUGUCCUAUAUAUGGUGUUGAACUCCAGAAGUUCAAAGUUGAUACAUAUUCCAGCUGAUUUGCUACAAAAUCUUCCUUCAGGAACCAUAAACUAAGAGUAAAUUUUAAUACAGGAGGUAUUUAACCAGGGGAGCAACUAAUCUAGGUUAUCUAGAUAUCUGUCACUUGAAGUCUUUGCAUUAAAACCCAGUGGCUUCCUAAAAACUCUGCUUUAGCUUAGUCAAAGUUUAUGGGUAUGACUGAAAAAAAAUCUAUGCAUGUUGGUAUGAAGGAACCGGAGUAGGUGCCCUCAGUGAUAAUUUUGAGUCUAAAAGCUAUAAAAAGUGUGUGUGUGGGAAAGUGCUGCGGUAAAAUGUAUCUGCAUUCCUUAGGAUUUUUAAAUAUUUUAUUAUUUUCUGCAUGAAGAACCUGUGAUUCUGUCCAAUCUAUUUUUUUGGUAUACAUGAGAUUUUAAAGUGGCCAGACAAGUCGUUUGCAAGGCUUGAAGCAUUCAGACAUUUGCAUUAAUUCUUUCAGGACUUUGUGAGUAGCCACAAUACAAGGUUUGUCGUGUACACAUCAGUAAACCAGGCAAAAUAUGCUGAAAACACCUUUCUUUUCUUUCCUUCUUUCUUUUUUUUCUUUUUUUUCUUUUUUUUUUUUUUUGUGCUUCUUGCCUGAUGUUACGUGAAUGAAUGACUUGGGCUGUCUGGAGUUGGAACAGGCAGAAAACUGUAAAAGAAAAGCUUUUAUCCUAAGGUUAAUCACAUCUUUUCAGUAAAAUAUGCAAAAUCGGUUGGUGAAAGGUGAGCUGGUUUGUCUGCUCCACCUCUGACUACUUAUUGUCCAACAUAAAUACUGGCUUUCUUGCCACAACUCUGCUUUUCACAGAAUAUUGUCUGCUACAUUAAUAGUUUUAUUCCACGUCAGACAUUAUUUCUCUCAAAACAGCCUCUCUGGUUCUCUAUUUGUUCUUUUGAAAUUCGGCUAGACGCAGGUAGUAUGGGUGUUGCUUAUGACAAGGCAUCCUAAUGUCGAAAAUGCCUAACGUGUUUCAAUAGCACACUGACUUUCGCAAUCACUUUGCGAUGCAUUUUCAUUCUCCAGAGUCUCGUUUCCCCUACCGUUCCCUAUUAUUAAGCAUUAGAAAUAAUAAUAAUAAAUCAGAUUAGUCUAUUUAUGUCACACUAAUGUGCUCUUCAUCAAAACAACACAAGUUUAGCUCCCUGCUGUCGACUUUGAUUAUAUAACAACCCUAUUAUCCUAUCAUAUUUCAUAUUAUCAUCAAAGGAAAAAAUCAGUUUGAUCAGUGAAGCACCAAAAUAGCUUUGACUGAGCAUGCUGUGAUAUGGAAAAUGAAAGAGGAAACUUAAUAGAACAAUGCAGGCACAACUCUACGCUUAGUCCUUAUUACCGUGUGAGGAAGAACCUGACUGAUCUAACUGGGGCUGCUUUGCCAGAAGUUUGUACAUAUAUAUGCUUUACAGGGAGGACUUUAAUGAGACAGCUCCAGAAGGCACAUUUGGAUGUUACUUCAAGGCUCCGCGAUAGCCUCUGGGUUGCUAAUGAAUGGAAAAGAUGCACAGUCAACUUGAGCAAUAGACUUUCUUGUGUUUGGACUCCUCUCUAACAGCUCAUUAGAACAAAAUCAGCAAUAUAAGGAAAGAGGGAAGCGACCAAGUUAAUUCGCUGUGUUGUAGGUCAUCUCAUUAGUUUCCUAGUGCUUUGACUGAAGGAAUGCCUGGACGGUAAUCAAGAGUAUCAUGAAUCAAACCCAAGCAAAGUAAUUUCUUUUUCACUCUGACAGAUUUGAAAGCCUUUGCUGGGAAAAAAGGCAUUGUUUUUUGCUAAAAGCUUAAAAAAGAGCAAUCAAUGGAACCAGGAUGGAGAAUGAAAAUGUUCCAGAAUGAUCUGGUGCAUGGAGACCAGAGGGCAGAAGCUUGGGUGGAAGUAGCCUUUAGUGAAGUUUAUAUCUUCAUUUAACGUUAUGUAAUAUUCCUGUUAAUAUUAGGGUCUAAUUAAGAUAGUCAUUUAAAAUCUUUAUGAGGAAGCUAGACUGCAGAGAUGUUCUGGAGUGUGUCCAUUACACUAAUGUUAUGGACUUUUUAAUGCAUAUUUCCACAAGACACUCUUACUAACUGGAAUAUUGUGCAAAUUACAAUGAGAAUCACACUACCACUACUUUCACCAACUAAAGGUGAAAUAUUCGCCUGUAUAAUACUCACAGAACUGAAAAAGAAAUGUUGCCUGUUUCACUAGCCUGCCUGUCAUCUAGCUUCAGUAUCAAACUUUAUUUUAGGAACUUCAGCAAGAUAAGCUAUAUGAAAAGGGUUAGCCAUUGUAAUGAUACACCGAGAUCAAAACAAACAGAAUAAUGACACUGGAUGAGGAAAAAUUGGUUACAGAUGGAAGGUGAUCUGGGACUUUUAUGCUAGUUAAUCUGAACUCAGAGACUGAAUUAAGGCCAUGAAAACUGAUGGUGCCCAUUGCCAAAAUGCAGUUCUCAUUUAUUUAAGAUGUAGGUAACAAGUAUAGCAGAGGAACUUUCACCCGAAUAAGUAGUAGCAAGGCAAAAAGAAAGACAGAAAGAAUGAAAUUCUGCUCAACAGCUGGAGUAGUUAUGGUAUUUCCAGAUGAAACCACCAUGAGAUGAUUCUGAAAAGGCAGUUGUGUUUUGAUCCAGGUAGAAUCAGUCUGGGAGAUGUCCUCUUCUCAGACAUGGUCUAUGCUUAUCCUUGUUAACCUGAGCAGAAAUUAACUUGCAGAUGCUUCCUGCUCACCAUACCCACUUCCCAACCCACUUCUGAGUGUGUCAGGAACAGGCAAGCUGGUGUGACAGAGAAAAGUUAAAGGAAAUGAAAUAGGGCUCCAUGGUGGGGUCUGGAGUCCUGCAGACCCCCCUGGCCUGCUGUGUGUUGUGCAGCUCUUUACGCACAACAUUUCACUGAUUACUCCUAAUAGAGAAAUCCAUGAAGUUCCUGAUCUUCCAGGGAGAUUUUUGCUGCUUCCUUCAUAGAAACUGAGACUUGAUUCAUCCAGCCCAUCCUGAGCAGUGCUGGUCUCUGUGAUAUAUUAUGCUAGGGAUGUUAUUUCCUUUAGUGGUUGUCCUAAGUACAAGGGCUCAGUAGGUUGUAAGGAAACUCUUAAGUACUUAGCUAGUCUAGAGCCUGGAGUGACAGGACCUUCCUCUGAAGGCAGUGGAAGCUUUACUGAAGCUAAACUUGUCCAGACUGGCCCUAAGUCUUUCAUUUCCUUGGAAAUUGUUUGGCGGUUGUUCUUAUUUUUUAUCUUUUCCCCAAAGAGGCUUCUCCAAAAUCUCCGACUGAUUCUUAGUCAAACAGUGUUAUCUAUUGUAUAGUUUUCCAAGUCAUGUACACAUAUACAUCAGUAUUCCUCUAGGGAAAACUCCAGCAUAAAGGUUGAAACAGAGGAGCUUUCAGCAUUUGUGGCCCCUUUACACUGGGAGCUCCAUUCACUUCACAGAAGUCACUUUCUGUGUGCACUGGAGAAGCAGACAUGGGAAGUGCGUGAUGGUUGGGUCUGCACAUACCCUAGGUGGAUGUUGCAGCUCUUAAGCUGGCCCUUGCUAGUGCAUUCUCUGAAACCAGUGGCUUUAUGCUGCUGUGAAUGGAUAAGCUAAAGAGAAAUGUAGGGCACUAAAAUAACAAAAAAUUAGCACUGUAGGGCUAAUUUUUGUUCAUGCAGUUUUCUAGUAUUUUUUAACUGAUUUUGGUGCAAUGCAAUGAGUCCUAAUUUAUAUCCCUCUUACUGAAACUGGAAUGUGGACCUGUAGCUAUUUACUGUUAGAUAUUAUAAUGUUAUCGCCAGCUAGUGAUUGUCGUGAACAAACUUUACUAUAUAUAAUGGUGGGAGCAGAAAAACCUAAAGACAACAGUCAACUUGUAUAACUCAUGCUACUGUAUUUUGCUUAUGGAAUCCAGGCAACCAAAGCUGCUUAGCUAAUUUUAGGCUGGAAAUAUUAUCCCUGGAGCAUUCAGUUGUCUUUUCUUCUGUGAAUAUUGUAAUUAACAAAUAUCCCAGAGCCUUCCCCCCACCUUGCUUUCUGACCAUGUAAGGAGUGCUGCCAUACAUCAACACCCACAACAGAUCAGGAAAAAAAAAAAGGGAAAGGAAAGGAAAGAUUAAUGCUGCAAUUUUGCUGGUAAUUAAUAUUCACAGUUUCAAGCUAUGUCAUCUUUGGUUCACUUUGAGAAAUGCAGAGCAAACAGCAGCAUGAUAAAAUUUAUCAUAGGUGGCUAAUUCACAGGUGGAGCUAGCAAAUAUGAUAAUUGAAACUCUGCUCUAUAAUGCAUCUUCCUCAUGCAUGAGUUCUGAUACCACUAGCCUGCCUUUGAUUCACUGUUUAUUUGGCCUGUGGAACAGCUUGCAGUAAUUGCUCUAUCCAGAGCACUAUACUUGCGGCUAGAAGAAAGAUCCAUUUCACAGACAGUGGCCCUCAGGCUUUCUCCAUACGCUCUCCCCCUUUCCUGCCCUGACAUUAACUCAUUAGCCAUUUCAUAGACGUAUGUUCAAGUCCAAGAUCACCACAUUCUGUACUUUCCCCCAUCAUGUUUUAAUGAAAAGCGGUAUAUUAAAGAACUGCACCCUGGGGAAGAAAAUGUUCCACUCUAAUUACUGCUGACAAAAGAAAUCUACAGAUUGAUUAAAAACAAUACCCAGGGAAUCAAAUAGGAAAUGUAAAGUGCACAAACCUGCACGUGUGAGAUCCACUUCUUGGCCAAGAUGCAAUGGGUCAGCCCAGGAGGAGAAUUUGGAAUUGUGCUUGCCUGGGAGAAGGCCUGGGCACAGGCAGAAGGGGCAGCACAGAGGGAAUGAGCAAAGAAAGCAACACAACGGUUUACUCAUUGCCUGUAGAUCAUUGGCAAAGUCUGUGGUGUGAUUUCAAAUUGAAGGAAGAGCUGUGGGUCUUUCUGGUUUAGUCUGUUUGCUGUUUUGCAAACUUCCUCUUACAUCCUCCCAUCAUCCCAUUCCUCCCAUCUUCCUCCCACAGCAGAAGCAGCAGGAGGUGCAGGAAGGAUGAAGCAUGUCUGGUUCAUGGUGGGGUGGAUUGUUGGUGGUGAAACCACAUUACCAAUCUUGAAGGAAAGCAGGAAGCAGGGAAAAAGUUGUCUUCUAGAGGCCUCUUUCCUCUACUUGUCCUGAUAGAGGUCAGUUACAUCAUCUCUCCUACCUCCUGCUGCAAACCCACAGUCUGACCAUUGUGGGUUUGAGGGAUCUGGACCAUCGUAUCCUUACCCAUCUUGAUAGUACCUCCCAACAGUUCUGCCAUAAAAUUUGUGGGAAAUGCUGAGCUACUCCAGCUGGGUGCAGGAAGUCACCAUAUAGCAAAGAAACAUCUUUCUAUUGACAAUGUUUGAACAGUUCCUACAUGUAGAGCAAUAAUCAGAACUGACCUUUAGAGAAAUAACAAUAAUUCAUUAUUGUUGGCUCUCCCUACAGCAAUGGUAUGCAGCUUCUUUGUUCUAAUUACUGCUAACAGACUGAUUAAUCUGAUAAGACUAUUUAAUUAGAUUAGCUGAAGUAGAGUGUGUAAAAGCUUUUGGCCUCCCAGAGACUGAAGUCUCAAGUCUACAAAAUGAUUUCCAAAGGGCCUGCUUGGUGAUAUCCCUGCUGACAGGGGAGAUCAUGCCACAGCUGUCCUAUUGACAAGCAUCAUCUUGGCAAGUUGCCUGGCUCCCGUGAUGGGAAUUUCUGGGAAAAAAGAUUUGAGGCAAGGUCCAACAAGUGGAGAGAGGACCUUAAUUCCCACUGAAUUAAAUAGGUGCUUAAAUAGCUUUGUGGAGGUAGGCUUUGGACCUGAUUUUGUGUUACCUGUAGAUGAAGAAACUAGUGCUGUAUCAUAGAUGACAUGAUCCAGAUGGUACUGAGCAAGGGGCUGCAUUUCAGGAUGACACUAAUUUGCUGCAUGGCAAAUGCAUCUCAGUUGUGCUGUCUGGGAUAGAUCAUGCUUCUAGGACAGAGCCCAAAGCUGGGGGCAAGACAAGGGUGAGCCUAGAGAGGGGUUGCUGGCUACAUGUGCAUGUUGGGACCCCUUGGGGAAUGGGGAAGGCACAGCCAUGUUUCUGUGUCACAACCUGGAUUGAUGAGGGAAUACAUGCUAUUGACAUACCCUUCUCCCAAACCCUAUCUAAACCAGCUUAAAAAAGGCAGAGCAACAGGGUGGAUUUUUGCCUGGAGUCUGAGUGAGGGUAGUGGAGGGCAGGGCUGGUUUCUAACACUUGCCUUUGGACUGCACGCUGGGCAAGAGCUCGGCACAGCACCCUCCUUAGGGACCAAGGCUGGAGUCAGGAGCCAUCUGCAUUUGUUUCGUAGAAGACGAGCAACUUCACUUACCCUCUUCACAGGUGUGUUGCAAAAGAUUUACUAGCAAGUGUCAGUCCAGGACCAUGAAACUAGUGUGUGGUGGGUUUUAUUCCUGUGUAUUCCACUUAAAAAAAAGAGUUGCAAGACUCUGUAGGGAAAAAAAAAGGCAACCCUCAAGCAAUCUUUACUUCAAAAAAGAAGAGAAGCCAGAUUGAUUGGCACCUUUCUUUUAUUUUUAUUUUUUUUUUACAUUUUUCCAUUUGAGUUUGGAUUUCAGUAACUCAGGGGAGUCCUUGGAAUAGGUAUAAUGGGACUUCUCUGAAGGCAUUGCCUCUGUUGGGAAGAACCAAAAACAAAUCUACCAGAAGUCACUAAGAAGCCAGACUUUCUUUUGCAUAUUGACAGAGCUUCAGACUGUUCCAUAUCCAUUGCUUAUAUUUCCUUUAAACAACUUAAUAUGUUUCUCUGAUCCCUCUGAUUCAAAGCUGCUCUUCUGAGAGCCUCUUGUGAAUGGUGAUGUGGGUGAAUCAGAGUUUCUCACUGAGCACACAGCAGUGGAGCAGAUUCUCCUAUCUGCUUUGUGCAACUCAUCCAGAUGGAUCUGUGGGACAGCUUUCAGUGAUUCAUUGAGCUACCAGAAAGUGGCCAAAUUCUUCUGUUUGCCUUGGAAAGCUGUCCUUUUGCCAAAAGAUUGGCCAGGCAUGCACACAGAAGUGAAGACAUAGCACCUCUGUGAGUUCCUUUUUGGAGUGCAUAGUUAGCCUUUUUGGUUUUUUAUCUUUACUCAUCUAAUUUUCUUCAACAUCUAAGCCCCAGUUGCUUCACAAUGACAUCUCUUUCCAGGUGAGAGGACUUCUCUUGUCAUUGUAGAAUUCCUCACUGUCAAACACAUUUUUCCAACAAAGAUCGAUAUCAACAUUGUUCCUUUUUAGCAUAUCUUUUCAAUUUCCAGCCUGAAGAAAUACUGCAGUCAGAGGUAACAAUAAGAAAUUUCACCUCAUCCUUGAUACCGUGCAAAUUGUAUACUCCUGGGAAGACUUGUACUGCAGAAUCUCGGUUUUUACCACCGAGAACUUGCUGGUAUGCUCAACACAACUUAGUGAUCUCUUCAUGACAGCUUUUCUUCUUUUUUGGCUGCUCGGCUGCAUUUACAUUGUGGCAAAUACUUUCUGUACAAGUUGUUAAUGCAGGAACAUUAUUCCUUUUCUGGUGGAAGAGCAGACUAUCUGCAUAACAAGAGAAGGAUCCAAGUGUCCAGGUUACAAAGACACUUGACACUCCGUGACUCUAACAGUUGGCUUUACUGUUAAGUCAUUUCCUGGGUACCACUCUGAGGACCUCUCUUUUAGAUUUUAAGAUUAGCAAAUUGGGUUAAUCCACCUGAAGUUAGUUUGGGUGUAUGAGUACUGUUGGCUUUAACCCUGCAUGAAAGAAGACUAGUACAUGCUACAGAAAAAAAUCUUGUCUACUACAGUUUUUUUUAACAAUUAACAAAUAAGCAGAAAUGAUGAGAGAGUGACUCAUUCUUAGAAAGCAAGCCUAGUCUGUAUUUCUUCUACAGAAUGUAAAUUUCCUAUAAUAUGCUAUACAACCAAUAAUCCAGCUGUUCCUUUUUUGCAAGGUCGGGAGUGAAAUGUGGAAAAAAAAUCUUUUUCCUCUUCCCUUGGCUUGUUAAGAUUUGUGUGGCUGUUUGUUGCCAUUGAGAAGUAUUGACUAAAAAUUUUGAUCCUAGUGAUAUGAUGGCAAAGAAAUUAUUUGGAGCUGGAUAGGUCAAUGGGGAAUGGGAGGGGGGCUUAAAAGUUGUUUCCAGUAGGCCAAAAGAAUGUGGAUACUGUCUCUUCAAGGUGCAAUUUCUUACUUCAACAAACUGUUCAUCUAUGAGAAACAGGGAUAAAAGUGUUCAAUUUGGGACCUAAGGAGUUUAUGUGGAAAUUCUUGGAUUUCUUCCAAACACACGUACAUGUUGAAAUUAAAUUGUGAUGCCUACUUUGGAGACUGAGCCUUCCCGCUCAGAUAGAAGUGUGCGUGUAUGUGUGUGUUUGUGAGUGUGUGUUGAUGCUAUGUCUCUUUUGGAUCUCUUGACACUUUUUGGUGCAUUUUUGUACUUCUUUGAAUGUGCAUAAGAGGACUUACCGACGGUAUAUCGACGGCAUUCUAAAGGCCCUCAACAGCUUGAGACAGAGCAAAACUCUCUAAAUUUCUACCCUGGUUGAUACAUUUUCUGUGCAGCACACGGGGAAUUAGGAGCAUGGUCAUCUAGAAAGAGGAGCAGGCUAGCUGCUUGGCUGUGGACUGCACUGAGAAUUUACCUCCUGGAGGCUGUUUUCUCUGCUCAUUUUAAACCAUUUAACUUCAACACGGUUGUUGAGCUGGUCCUAGCAAUGGAGAAAGAGCAGGUCAUAAGCAUCAAGAUGCAAUUUGUUAAACCAGUGAUAACUUGAUUGCAGAGAAUCAAAUUAAAGACUCCUUUGUGUUUUCAUUUCUUUUCCUGGCCUUCUCCGUAGCUGGAGAGGUUGCCUUCACACAUGGCCUUAGAAUGCCGUACCAGAGUUAGAAUGCAACAACAGUCAAAUGAAAAUAAGAUGUAUUGCAGCUUACAUGAAGAAUGAAAACUGUAUCACACAAAUGUUUACAAGUCCAAGUAGACAGCGAACCCCUGUACAAUAUGUAAUUUAUGCAAGGGAUUGCAUCUUUCUUUUGUAAUGAAUGCACUAAGCAACCCUGUAUAUAUUUUACAAUGUCUUUACAGAGAAAAAAAAAAGAAUCAUUUACUGUAGUGUUGUAAAAUAAUGCACUUUUCUAAUUUUUUCAUUAAAAAUCCUAUGGCACGUU